AUGUUUACGUGCCUGCCUAAUCCUGAGCCAUUACCAGCUCCCCAGUGUAUGCCCACACUAUUUCAGUGGCAAAUUGAGCAGGAGAGACGUCGAUACGAAGGCGUGGCGCCCGAGUUGCUGAGCUUGCAGGACACAGAUGGCGACACAUGGCUUCACAUUGCUGUGGCUCAAGGCAAAAGGGCUUUGGCAUACAUGCUUGCUUCUAAGAUGGCAAACUCUGGCGCCUUAGAGAUCAAGGAGCACAAUGGACAGACGGCAUUUCAGAUCGCGGCGGCGGCCAAUCAGCACCUAAUUGUAGGCGACCUGCUCUGGCAUGGAGCCAACGUCAACACCAGAGACUCAUGGGGCCGCUCCCCUCUACACGUGUGCUCUGAGAAAGGAUUCUACCUUUGUCUACAGAGUAUCCAGGAAACUUUCUCGGCCUGUUCACACAUGAUCGAUACAGAAGUUUUCAAUUACGAUGGUCUUACACCGCUUCAUGUGGCAGUUUUGUCUCACAAUGCUGUUGAAAAUGAGUGGAGAAGACGAGCUCACACUUUUACCACGGACCUGUGCCAGUAUCAAUACCAGUACCAGAAAAUGAAACAAAUUUAUGUUCAAUGUGUGGAGACCCUGCUGAACAUGGGUGCCUCCUGCACUACAAAGGAUUUAAAAAGUGGUCGGACAUGUUUGCACAUGGCUGCCGAAGAGGCCAAUUGUCAACUGCUGAAUAUCUUCCUCAGGCAACCGUCUGCGUUGAACGUUGUGAACGACAAGACGUGCGGCGGCAACACAGCCCUGCACAUUGCCAGUUCCUUACAAAACAAUCCCAGUCAACUGGAAGCAGUGAUAAUGCUGAUGAUGGGAGGCGCUGACCCCACAGUCCGAAACUCGGAGAAUGAGCUGCCAUGGCAGCUGGCGCCUGGAGGACCCAUUGGUGAGAGGGUGCGUCAGAUCCUGGGAGGAAAAUAUGUUGAUGUUUAA